AUGCUAGAAAAAUACUUGAGUCGGACAGACUCCCAAGGAAAUCCCGACCCCGCCAACCUAGCCGCCAUACCCCCCUCCAUGCUAGAUCUCGAUCAACUCCAUCGAAGAUUGACGACGUACCCAGCUCAUCUCCCGGACAGCGACUACCUCAAAGACCUCGACCAGAAGAUCGUCUUGGUGCAACAAAUCAAUCAGCUGUGUAGAAAUUUUCAUACGGAUGUCUCGAUGAAGGAGCUCCACUUAGACAAGGCUUCGUUCUGGUCUACGUUGAUGACCAUGGACUUGGAGAGAUUGAAGGAAGUUCGACGCGACCUGGAUGAUAUGACCAGCGCCAAAGCCAAGAGGCUUCUACUCACCGAUUUUCCGGUAUGGGCCAUGGCAACGCCAAUGCUUCUCCGUUCUUUUAUACGAGGGUAUGCGAAAGAGCCUUCCAGGAAGUAUUCUCCGGCCAAGCAGCUGAGGAACACGUCCGAAAUCAAACAUGUUCUCCGACACAACAGCAACCGCUGCAUCAUCACAAAGCUACGAGCCGACAUCUAUAAUGUGAUACACAUCAUUCCACCUGAUCUAUUGAGAUCGAGAGCUCAGUUAAUCAAGUCACUGAAGGGGAUGAGAUCCUGGUAUACAGAUGAACGCAUUGACGCGCUUCUGAAGAAGCUUACGUCGGAGUCUUGCCACGAAAACAUCAUCAACACUCGUCGUAACAUGAUCUGCAUGCACCUCCAAAUGGGCACGCUCUGGUACAUGGGAGAGUUCAUGCUGAAACCGAUGGGUCGCCCAGUUCAGGUGGUUAUUCCAGUUCCGGCAGAAGAUCCGGCUGAAGAACCUCAAAUGAAGACCGUAUGGGUCUUGACGUUGAUCUUCCAUUGGCUUCGGAAGACGGAGUUCCCAGACAUGCAGCAAACCAUACCUUUCGACACUGAUCCCCGCCAGCACUUCGAGGACCUUGAUCCCCAUGACUUUGGAGCCGUAGAUUACAGCACUGCUCAUUCUAUGGUCGGCGGAGAUAUCAUCCGGAUCUUCGCCUACGAUGAGAAGGACUUGCCUGACUGUGACCUUUUGGAUCUGCGGGCGAACCUGUAUACGGCAUUCUCACUAGCUGCUGCUGUGGACCCGAGAGCCUACAAGUUUGAAGGCGAUGGCGACGAUGAAGGCUACAACCCAGAAGACGACUUUGAUCAGGAAAUAGCUACUACAGCUCGCAUGCGGAUGCAGAUGAAGAGGGACGAAUCAUCGUCGAACCCACGCCGCCGCAACACACCUUCGGCGGCUGCCGACAUACCGUCCCAUGUUCACCAAGAUUCGAAACAAGUUGAGGAUGCAGCGGUGAGCCUCAAUGAAGAUGCAAGAGAGGAUACGGCCAAGAGCGACAAGAUGGUUGACGAGAUUCAAUCCUCUAAUACUGCCGAGAAGGAGGAGCAGGCCGAAUCUUCGCCCCGUAAGCCGAGCAUCAUCGACACUCUCAACAAGAUACGGCACAGAAUGGGUCAUGUCUUACGAACAUUCCAGAAAGUCCUCCUGCGUCGACGAGAGGAGCGGGCGGACAAGAGUGGUUCAAAGUGA